AUGAAGCAAGUUAGAUCAGAGAGUCCGAAUGGCUUGGAGGUUUACCUUCACGCCCUCCAACUCCUCACCACCAUAGAUGAGGGCAUUCAGACUUUUGCUGCACCUGAUGGACCCGGCAAAGCAGUGUGGGAAUUUGUCAGUGACGUUGUGUGUGAGGAUCUCUGCCAGCCAACGGAUCUCCCUGUUGUCCUGCAGGAGCAGAAGAGCAUCCUGGUUCAGGCCUUCGCUGUGCUCCAGGCUCUGUAUAGAUGCCAGGAGCAGUGGUGCGACAGAAGUGACAUAAGUAUUUCCCUAAUUGGAACCGUUUUGCGGGUGCUUCAGUACCAAAGUGAGGGCAAAGAUGACGCUACCAGCAGAGACGCCACAAAAGACGAACAGCUGCAGACCCUAGCAGAGAUCACAGCUGAGUUUCUAGCUGACAUCUGCAUUCAGAUUCCCCAGGACACCGUGGCAGAUUUGGUAAAGAAAGGUCAUCUUACAGAGAAGACUGCUCUCUCAGCUGCGGGCACUUUGGUUCCCAACUUUAAGACUUCAUUUCAGCACCUGCAGGCCAUGCUGUCUCAGGUUGAUCCCCAAAUGGCAGACGUGGUGAGGAAGCAGUUUCCUGUCUGAGGCCGAUCAGUGUUCAGCACUCGUCCAGACUCAUCGCUGCUUUUUAUAGACGCCUCUAUUUCCAACAAAAGAUCCUGCUUCAGGUCGUGCUAUUUGGAUUUCCACUGGAAAGACUAAACAAGGAUGUCCCACAGGGUCAGAGACAUCAUUGACAGUGUUUCAGAAAUUGUGUCUUUUCUCUUUUGUGCAAAAUUCAAUUGUGUUUCUGUUGAAAGUGUUGUACUGUUCUUUGAAUGCUAUUUUUGUAUGAAAUAAUUGACAGUCUUUUAAUAAAAGAUCUUUCUUUUUACAUA